AUGCUGGUGUUAGGAGGAAAAGCUUGUAGGAAGAAGUUGCUUUCACCAAAAGGCAUGGAUGUACGUCCAAUGAUGGAAGUUGUAAAGGGGGCAGCCUUUGGCAUUUUACAGGUGGCCGGUGGUUGCCCUGCAUCACUAAGGCCAGGACACUGGUUAGACUUAUAUAGUGGAACUGGAGCUGUUGGUAUUGAAGCUAUCAGUCGUGGAUGUUCAGAGGCACAUUUUGUUGAGAUGGAUCCUUGGGUUGUCUCUAAAGUGCUACAGCCCAAUUUAGAGUCGACUGGGUUUUCUGAUGUUUCAGUUAUACAUACUGUUCGCGUAGAAAGAUUCUUGGAACAAGCUGAACAAUCUUUAGAUAAUAACAGAACAUUUGAUUAUGUAAGUGUUACACCACCCUACACGGAAGUUGAUUAUUCUGUACUAAUGGAUCAGCUAGCAAAAUCACCUUUGGUUGGAGAAGAUUGUUUCAUUCUGGUGGAAUAUCCCUUGAAGACUUCCAUGGCUGAUUCUUGUGGGCAUCUCAUUAAAGUACUCCAAUCAACUUUGUUUCGUUUCUUUGUAAUCAGUUCUUUAAAUCAGAUAAAUUCAUUUUUUCUAUGGUUGCAUUUCUCAAAUAAUGAAGCUACAUAA